ACGUGGGCACCCCUCGAAUAUAUUUCAAACGAGUCGAGUCGAAAAUAGUUUUAAGACGACCUUCCUAACAAACGGGGGCGCGCGUGGACGCCUGUGUGAGUCGAAGGAUGAUUUCGACUCUGUCCAGCACGCAUCAGACCAGAAUGCUGUGCAGCAGCAUCGCAGUGUCGCGGAGGUCGGUGCGAGGGAAAGCGGGAUGCGCGUUGGGAACCACGAGCGGACAUCGGCAAGGAUUAUCCACGAAGCGGGUGCUGACGCGACGUCGUGUGGUGGGUACAGGUGCCCGCGCAUCGUCGGUUUCUCCGGGGUUUGGGACAAAGGGUAAAGCGAGGAGCUGUAGUGUCGUUAUGAAAGGCUUGCCCGAGACGCUGUUUACGAUUGGAACGGUCGCGGUGCUCCCCCUGUACGGAGCGAUGAUCGGAGCUCCCAAGGCGGAAAUGACACAAAACGCGAUGAGCUCUCACCUGCCGUUCAUGCUGAUGGGAGCCCUUUACGCGGCGGCGGCGCUAGUGUCUUUGCAAAGCGUGGACGCCAAGGCGCUUGUGGAUGUGUUCUUCGCCAACACUAACGGAGAUGGAGUGAUGAGCAUAGCGAGGCACGCGCUUACGCUGCUGUCGGGCUUCCUCGCAACUGCUGAGCCGGCGUCGUGCAUGUGGCUGCAUCUGCUGUCUUUGGACCUGUUCGUCGCGCGGCACGUGUACCUGGACAGCCUCGCACUGAACGUUCCGGCGGCGCACUCUCUGACUUUAUGCUGCAUGUUCGGGCCGUGCGGGUACCUGGCGCACACUUUCACCAAGGCGUUCAUGGCGAACCGCUUUGAAGAUCAUCACAAAGUAGAGCGCGCAGCCAGGGGCAAACCCGGACGUUCGUGCGAUGGCGCCCUCCAAGCGGCGCAAGACGUCCGCCGCACCGGAGCCGACAUCCGGAAACGCCACCCAAGGUGUGCGAACCCGGCAUUCCGCGAGCGCACGGGGCGACGUGCCCGACGCCCCCGACGCAGAUCUCGACGCCGAGCCCGAGGUGCUCUUGUGCCCCAUCACGCGAGCCGUGUUCCGCGAUCCGGUGAUGGUGGGCGACUGCUCUGCGGACGGAAGGUAUGGGCUCGUGACGAUGGUUUUUUGGGUGUCCGGGCCGCGUGA